CAGCCAUUGGGGUGUUAAAUGGACUGGUGUGAACAGGGCUUAAGGUAAAAGCGGAUGUUUAGGAAAGGGGGAAGGGUGUAAAGGUAGAGGAAGGGGAGGCUUAGAAGUAGAAUAAAUAAAGGGAAAGGAAUUCUGAGUGGAGCCAAUGGGUGGAGCUACGAACAGAGCAAGGUUGUAAAUCAGAUCACAAUCCUGCAGGUAGAUGUGGCUGAAGAUUGAAACUAAAAGAGAGGAUGUAAAAAAAGGAGAGCAGGGGAGAUAAGGAUAAGGUGAAAGGGGUUAUGUUACAGUCGUAUGACGUUAAAGCAGUGUCUGCUGAAAGAGAAGCACAGAAGAAGGAAGUACAAAACAGUGAGGGAGUGGGAGGAUUAAUGUGAAAACCUGGAUAAAGUGACAAAGUGAAACAGAGGAAGAGAGAGCUGAGUUGAACAGAAAGCUAUAGUACAUAGUGAGGUUGUUUGAGAUGAAACUGCAAACAGAAGUUUGCUGGUAGAACAAACUACGGAGACACGGCACAGUAAAAGACCGGGAUAGACAGCAGCAAAAGCUGACAUAACGCCAUCAUGUUGAUGAAAGAGUACCGAAUAUGCAUGCCUCUUACUGUGGAGGAGUACAGAAUUGGUCAGCUGUACAUGAUCACUAAGCACAGCCAUGAGCAGAGUGGGGGAGGGGAUGGUGUGGAGGUCAUCCGGAACGAGCCUGAGACACACCCUAAAUACGGAUCUGGUCAAGUCACUGAGAAACGUAUUUACCUCAGCAGUAAAUUGCCCUCCUGGAUGAAGAAGUUUGUCCCUCUGAUCUUCUACAUCACAGAAAAGGCCUGGAAUUUCUACCCAUACACUAUCACAGAGUACACAUGCUCCUUCCUUCCCAAGCUGAGCAUCAAAAUCGAGACGCACUUCGAGAACAACAAUGGGAGCAAUGAGAAUGUGUUUGAAGACAAACCUACACCUCAAGAUAGUGUCUGCUUCUUGGAUAUACUGAGUGACCCAAUUCCUGAGAAGUAUUACAAAAAAGAUGAGGACCUGAGCAGCUGGGUGUCAGACAGGACAGGACGUGGCCCCCUGGUGGAUGGCUGGAGAAAUAACACCGAGCCCAUCAUGUGCUCCUACAAGAGAGUUCAGUGCAGCUUUGAGGUCUACGGGUUCCAGGGCCGGACAGAAGAGCUCAUCCACAGGAAUAUCCGUGACAUCCUGCUGGUAGGACACAGACAGGCAGUGGCAUGGAUAGAUGAGUGGCAUGGGAUGAGCCUGGAGGAAGUGAGGGAGUUCGAGAAGCAGCUGCAGCAGGAGACGAACCAGAAGAUGAAGAACGACAUGAGCGACUCAGCCUCAGUCGCUCCUGUGCGUCCCUCCUUCUCCCGCUCUGUCUCGGUCACGGAUGCGUCGUCACUGAAGAAGAUGGGGGUGGACACUGUGGAUAUUACAGACCCUUCAUCAUCAUGUUCCUCCAUGUUCGGGAGCCCUAUGAGAUUUAAUUCGUCAUCAGACUAACACCACACUCCAGCGUGUUAAGUGAAACAACCAGCCAAAUACUGUUACUGUUGAAGAUUCCAUCAGAAUAUUCAUAAUCAGCCAUAUGUUUUAGAAAUAAAAGCUAUACACAGAUGUGUGUGUGUGGGGGGGGGGGGGAAUGACAUCAAGUAAUCAUAGAGGGUGAAGGCAAACUUCUUGUUCCAAGACACAUGAAGCAACCACAUCUGUAUGAACUGCUGCUACAUGAAACUACAUAGGCUGGCAGAAUGUGCCAGGACAGUGCUUCCUAGCUACAUUAGUUAUUCUGGAUCCAUGCCUUAGAGUAGCUGGGGUUAUUCUGAUUCAAUGGACAGGGGAGAAAAAAAUAUCUGCUAUGAAUGGCUAUGACAUUGUCGCUAAGUCAAAACCUUAGACAAACAGACGUUCUAUACAAUAAAUCCUAUCUGGUGUUCUAUCCCAUUUACACAUCUUCCCAGUUUCUUCUCCACUGACCUAGACAGUUGUGUCAGUAAAAUUGCAUGUACUGUAUGUGUAUCUAGCUGAUCACUCUCACAGCCUUGUACUGUAGAGACUCAGCAUUGCACCAACAAUAUCUGCUUUAGAUCUGUUUGAAGGUGAGCAUCAGUCAGCUUCCUGCACACUUGAUUUUAAGAUCAGUUAACCCGUGCAAGACUUCUGGAAAUACCAGCAACACAGAGAGAGUUUUUCCCCCAUAGCUGGCAUUUGCUGUUGCUCAGUUGUUGAUAACACCUCUCCUUUGUACAAAUGCACAAUGUACGUUUUCUAUUCUACAUGAACUUGUGAACAAUGUACUGUAAUGUGUCAGUCAGAUAGGUCACUAUCAUAUUAAGCACUUUCCAGUGUCAACUGCUCUCUAUUCUAUCCUCAUGAAUCACUGUGUAGGAAUAAUGCACCAUUAUUGUAUAUAUUGAUGGUAGCGCAGUCUUAGGUUGAGUGGGAAAUGCUAAGUUAACCUUGUCUUCACAUCAGUACACUGGUUCUUUAAAAUAUACCCUUGUUUUUGACUUAUUUAUGAGCGCCAAUAUUAGAGUGAUAGAUCAAAUGUGAAUGCAAGUGAGCUCUGGCCAGCUCUUUCUGCCUGAAUAGAAUUACAGUGUGGUUGCAUUAGCCAAUCUUACUGUCCUAAUGGUCUCAGUGAAUGGCUUUGCUACUAAAAUAAAAUAAAC